CCUUGUCCGAUCAAGGCGCUCGUACUCGCCAAUCCACACAACCCUCUCGGUCGACCAUACUCCCGAUCAAUUCUCGAACAAUGCAUGGCGUUCUGCCAACGGCGGAACAUCCACCUUGUUUCCGACGAGGUGUUUGCCCUCAGCAGCUUCGUUAGCCCGGACUUUACAAAUCCCGAGCCCUUUGUCUCCUGUUUAAGCAUUGAUCCCUCCAGUGUUGGAUGUGAUCCGCAGCGCAUCCACGUCGUGUGGAGCAUGAGCAAGGACCUUUCCGCUAGUGGCGUGCGACUGGGCUGCGUCGUAACCCGCAACCGGUCCCUGAGGGACGUUGUAGGGCUCGUGGCGUCCGUACAUGUAUCGGUGUUGUCGACCGUCUUCGCAAAGGAAGUGCUCGCCUCGCCGCAGCUGCCGGAAUUGCUGACACUCAGUACCACCAGACUGGCGGAGACAUAUACGACCCUAACCACCGCAUUCAAAGCCACUGGAAUUGAGUAUUUCCCGAGCUGUGCGACAGUGUUCGUUCUCGCUCGGUUGGCCCCCCGUGCAACUACCUGGGACGAGGAGAUCCUCGCCCUCCGCGCUUACAUGGGGGGAGGAGUAUCAGUGGUGCCAGGGAGAGCAUAUCAUAUGCCCGAGGAGCAGAAAGGAUGGAUGCGAGUCAGCUUUGCAGUGUCCAGUGAGGAGUUGGCGGAAGGGAUCCAGAGAAUUAAGAGGGCAGCAGCAGGCAGCAACCAGGAUCUUGCUAUAAUAUACAUUCAACGCCCCAUAGAUUGUUGUACGAUAGCAUUGACCCAACCAACAUAUAACUACAAAAUGACCUCCAAAAUAACCAAGUCCGCAUGGAAAGUGAUUCCCAUGUUUCAAUCUACUUCGAUUUCUCGCACGGUCCAAUUCUACACUGAGAUUCUCGGCUUCGAGCUUGGCAGUGUCAAACCCGAAGAUGGCACGUCCGAGCUGACCUUUUGUUCAAUUUUCAUGGGUAAAAAAGCCGACGCCAACUUUUACUUCUCGCAAGCCUCUGUUGAAGAAUUCAAAGCGUCGGAAGCCAUGGUCGCACUAGGAACCCAGGAACUAGACGAGUAUUACCGAUAUUUGAAAGAUCGUGAAGAGGUGAUCAUUGUGGAGGACAUUGAAGACACGUCAUGGGGCUUUCGGCAGUUUACCAUCAAGGACCAUGAUGGGAAUCGAUUGACGUUCUUCAAGUUCUUGGAAGGGGGGAAUCCGGGUGAAGAAUGA